CCGCGAGUGGAUGAUCGAUCGAGCCCUGCGCGUUCGAGGGAUGCUGGCCAUAUUCCCCGAUCUUCCAAUCCCAGUAGCGAACAACCCUCCCUUGGUCAAUGCGACGAUUAAGGGGUUCGUGAUUAGGAAUUCGACGAUCACCCAUAGAUAGCCAUGCUCUGGUUGUGUUCCUUGUAGUUUAGUUAAAUCAUUUUCAAAUCCAUUUUCUUCUUAUUCCAUUCAUGGAUCUUUAUUCUCAAAUUAAGAAUCAAUUUUUAGAUUAGUUCCCUUGUCAAUCGUUUUUCCUUGUACAACGAGAAGAGGACCGAUCGUGUCUUCUUCAAAAAGAAGAAGAAGAAGAAGAAGGUUCGACCUUCUCGUUUAAUUUCAUCGGAGAAAGAAGAAAUAAUUCGAUUUCAUUCGAAAAAAAAUCUUUCAAGAUGACUAGUUUCCGAGGAUUUUAUAUACCGUCCUUCGGAGCGACAGUUAACGUUGCUUGGGAGACAUUAAAAGCGAAAUGGCCAGAAAAUAGUCCAUGUAUGGAAUUAAUCCGUGGUACCGGCAUGGCUGGUCAAGGUGAUUCUCAAGCUCGUACCGGCGAUUUCAAAUCUUUUGGAGAAGGCGAAGAUAAUACCGAGAUGACGACAAUGAAUGGUGAACAAGCAUAUAGAGAACAGAAUAACGUUGCUAUUGCUGAGGAUUCUUUUAGUUAUCAGAGAAAUGGAGAUAAAGCUAGAACAGGAAGUUUGAGCAGUGGAGAGUUUAGCGAAUAUGACGAAGGUGGUGGUGAAUUUGGUAGCUCUGGUGUAAAGAUUAAUGAAUGGCAAGCAGCAUGGAAUGUUACCAAUGCCAUUCAGGGAAUGUUCAUCGUAUCCUUACCAUUCGCAGUCCUACGAGGAGGCUAUUGGGCAAUCGCAGCAAUGGUCGGUAUUGCACAUAUCUGUUGUUACACUGGUAAGAUUCUCGUCGAGUGUCUGUAUGAGUUCGACACAGUAACAGGGCAACGUGUGAGAGUACGAGAUUCUUACGUAGCCAUUGCCAAAGAAUGUUUCGGUCCAAGAUGGGGUGCAAGGGCAGUAAACAUUGCACAAAUAAUAGAAUUGUUGAUGACCUGCAUCUUAUACGUUGUUGUAUGUGGUGAUUUAAUGAUCGGCUCUUUUCCCGAAGGUGCUAUCGAUACAAGAAGUUGGAUGAUGCUGAUAGGCAUAUUUUUACUUCCUCUUGGCUUUCUCAAAUCUUUGCAACAUGUAUCAAUGCUCAGCUUUUGGUGUACAAUGUCUCAUCUUUUCAUAAAUUUCAUUAUCGUUGGUUACUGUAUCUUGGAGAUAGGUGAUUGGGGAUGGUCUAAAGUUAAAUGGACUAUCGAUAUGAAAAACUUUCCAAUCUCACUUGGUGUAAUUGUAUUCAGUUAUACCUCUCAAAUCUUUCUGCCAACAUUAGAAGGGAAUCUGAUAGAUCGUUCCAAGUUCAAUUGGAUGUUAAAUUGGAGUCAUAUAGCUGCUGCAGCCUUUAAAUCUCUCUUUGGAUGGAUUUGCUUUCUGACUUUUCAGAACGAUACGCAACAGGUGAUCACGAACAAUCUUCAUUCACCUGGCUUCAAAGGUUUAGUCAAUUUUUGUCUGGUAGUUAAAGCUGUAUUGUCUUAUCCUCUGCCAUAUUAUGCUGCUUGUGAACUCCUCGAAAGAGCAUUUUUCAGAGGUCGACCUAAAACAAUUUUUCCUACAAUCUGGACAGUCGAUAGAGAACUUAAAGUUUGGGGUUUAGCAUGGAGAGUUGGUGUAAUUGUCUUCACCAUUCUUAUGGCUAUAUUCAUACCGCAUUUCAGUAUUCUCAUGGGUUUCAUUGGCUCCUUCACCGGCACCAUGUUGUCCUUCAUAUGGCCUUGCUACUUUCAUCUUAAACUUAAGAGAAAUUCUAUGGAAUGGAGCGCUGUGGCAUAUGAUUGUUUUGUCAUCUUUUUAGGUAUACUCUUUGGGGUAAUUGGGGUAUAUGACUCUGGCACUGCUUUGAUUGAUGCCUUUGAAAUUGGCUUACCCUUUUAAAUGAUUCAUAUAAUAAUCUUAUUGCUUUCAUUUUUUCAUUCAUCUCAUUCUGAGCUUGAGAAAUGUUGAAUCGCAAAUUUUCAUUGAUCCUAAUGGGACAACAAAAUGUAUAGUAUCUUCUGGAAAUAGAAAGAUAGACAAAUUUUUAAGGAUAAACAAAAAUUCGUCAUAACGUGCAAUAAGCGAUCAAAUUUCUCAAUCAUCUGAUUUCAUCUUAACUCUUUCAACGAUCUUCAAAAUGAUUAUAGUUAGAUUCAUUGAAAUCUAACAAAUCAAGUGUCUUCCAUUUAAGAUCGCUUAGAGUUCUGUCAUAAUUAGAGAUAUUUUGAUGAUAUAUUGUAUAUUUAAAUUCAACCAGAACUGACAUAUCUAACAAUAUGCAAAAUAAAAAAAAGAAUAAAAAAAAAAACAUUUUACAGUUUCAGAAAUCUGAACUGUCCAUUGACCAUUGAAUAAAAAAAAAAAAAAAAGGAAAGGAAAAGAAAAGAAAAGAAAAAAGAAAAGAAAAGAAAAAUAAAAAAAAAUAAAAAAAAGAGAUCUAUAAAUGAGCGAAGGAAAUGUUAUAAAUCAAGAGUCUUCCAAAAUAAACAUUUCUUUUUCGAAUGAUGAUAAGAAGCUUUUUAGAAAAUUCAUUUAGAUUACAUAUCGUCAGCAUCGAUGUCUUCCAUAUUACAUAUAAAAACUGUUGAAAAACGAGUUUUCGGAUUUUAUAAUCCUGAUCGCGUACCUUAUAAUUUUUAAGUACGCUUUAAACAAGAUGCACGUCACGAUGACGUUCGAUGGUCACAAUUAUAGUACGUAUACUCUCUUGCAAAAGAUAUAAAAAAAUAUAUAUAUAUAAAAGGAAAAAGAAAGAAAAAGAAAAAAAGAAACUUAAAAAGAGUUAUCCCUCAUGUUUGUGCCAUAGAUAUAAAAGAUAGUUCGCCUAAAUGUAGAUGCAUUGAAAGUGCCAUCGAAGGUUCAAUAAUAAAAUAAAAUAAACGUGCAUUCGUCGAGUGCAAAUUAAUAAUGCACUUGGUUAUGUAUGUAUGUAUGUAUGUAUGUACAAGAAAAUUGUACAAACGAUUAGUCGAAUAAUCGAACGUCUUCCAAAGUUUGUAAAGUCCGUUUAGAAAAUAUAUCUUAGUUUUAAGUAUAUGCAUUACGUGAUUGAAUCGAUAAUUAAAACGCUUAGAGAAUGUUCUCUCGUUGAAUAAAUUUCAAUAAGGUUUAUUUAGAAGCAUAUUGAAAACGUGACUUAAGUAUAUAAUUACAAAGUUUACGAGUACCUACCUUUCUUUUUUCUUUUUUUUUUUUUACAACUGUUUAUCGAUUUGAGAACAUUUAAAGCGUUGUAAUAAUUUUUAAUUUUUCGAUAGUCCAAUAGAAUUUAAUUUUUCUAUUAGUAUUUUUCGAGGAUUUGUUUACAUGAUACACACACACACACACACAAAAUUUAAUCGUGACAUUUUUUCAUCGAAACGAUUAAUGCGUUCGUUGAGAUUUUCAAAGAAAUUUAUAAUACUCGGUUAAAUUUAUAAUCUUAUAUGACUUUUGUUAUCAGACAUUUUUUUUUAAGGUUAAUUUUUAUACAUUUAAUCAAAUUAUGAAACUUUUUAUUGAAAAUAAUGAUCAAAGUGUUUUAAAAAACUAUAACAAUUACUAUUGUACUAUCGAAAUGUUAAAUAUUAUGGAGGAUUGUUAAUUAAUAAUCACAGAAUGAAACUCGUCUUCCAAUGAUGUCUUCCAACAUGAUAAUAAUAAUUAUGUAUCGCGAUUUAUUGAUCGAGACGAAUCUUUGUUAAUAAUAUUAAACGUUAUAUAUUGAGAGUUGUAGUCGUUAAGCAUUAAAGGUUAAGGUCAAGAAUUAUUAAAUUUAAUAUAUAUAUAUAUACAUACACGUACACAUGAACACACACAUACAACAAAUAUAAUUCGUGACAAAAUUAAUCAUAAAAAUUAAUGUUAAUUCACUUUCGGAGAUCCUUUUAUUUAUUUUUAAACGCAAAAAAAUAGUCAAUUUAUUUGAUAUUAUUUCGAACAUAACCAAAAUUUUAUCAAGAUAAUAACUAUGUUUACAAUGAAAAUAUUUUAACGAUCUAUCUCUGUGAAUAUAACGAUUAAUUAAAAAUUCGCUAUAGAAGAUAUAUUAUUGUAUAAUACGAAAUACGUAAAAAAGAGUAAAAAUAUCAGAAAAAAUUUAUACUCUCGCAAAAUCAUUUAAAAUCUAAACUUAUUUCUCCUGUUGUAUUUUGCACAAUUGAACGUACCAAAAAGCCUUUCUCAUUUUUGGAUCUGUGAUUGAUAAUACGAGGCUUUAUAUUCCAAGACAAUAAUCGAUUCUCUAUUUGCUCUUAACAAAAGCAUAUGUUACAAUAAAGCCAAAUCGUACAUAAUAUGUAUGUACAAUAUUUAGUAACUAUAUGUCAAGAAUAUCUUUGUUUUCAUUAAAAAAAAAAAAAAAAAAAGAAAGAAAAGAAAAGAAA